AUGGGCGGGACUCAGUUUGGCAAAUUCCAUGACUUUUGUCGGGACUCGACAUUACCAGUCUGCAAUCUGUUCGUCGCGAACAAUCAACCCCCAAACGAGGCCUACGGUGGAUGUGCCCUGCUGGGCAUCGGUCUGAGUGGUGGAAGGCAUCUCAGUAAUCUCGGAUCGAUUCUCCUCGCUUUUAUCGCUAUUUUAACUUCUCUGUUUCUUCUCUGGCGCUCGGAACGAAAGAAGGCGGCUGUGGGACGACGGGAAAUCCAAUUAUUCCUUAUCGGCUUCAUCAUCAUCGAGAUAUGUGAGAUCUUCUCGGUAGGCGGGUUUCCGCUGGAGGCAGCAGCCCGAAAGGGAUUCUCUGCCGCCCAUAUUGCCGCGAUUACUGCGACGUGUUGGAUCCUUCUGUUGAACGCGGUGGUGGGCUUCCAAAUGCUCGACGACGGGACGCCCGCGUCCAUCGGGCUGAUUGUGGCCUCGGCGCUGGCCAUCUUCAUUGGCACCGGUUACAUCGCGCUGGAUACGGGUUUCGACUGGACGGGGUAUUUCCACACCACGGCCGCGACUGACUACCGAAACUACGCGCUCUACGUGUUGUACCAGCUCAUCCCGCUCGCUUGCCUGGUCUUCUUUUUCGUACUCGAAGCGAUCCUGGUGGUUCGCGUCCUGGGCGAAGUCCGACCUAUGCUGUACCUUACUGCGGCCGCCUUGUUCUUCGCUAUCGGUCAGAUCUUCAACUAUGUGAUUAGCGUCCACCUGUGCACGGCGUCGAAUCACAAAAUCAAUGGCGCCUUUUUCGAGACGCUCUUCACUCUCCUCUCCGUCGUCAUGGUCUGGGUCUUUUGGAGCAGUAUCACCGAGGACGACUGGCCAAUGCCCGUGGGCGGCGGCGGGUACAAUUAA